CUGGCAAGAGUAGAACUCUGAAGACGACCCGCCAGAUUUUGCAUUCUUUCAACUUGUUAGGAAUCUGAUGAAAGGCAUUUGAACCCAAUCUGUACUUGCCGUUGAGAAAAUUAAAGAACAGCUGACUUUGGUUUCUACUCCUCUCCUCAUCUCUAAAUGAACACCCAAAAGAAUGGUUGUCAAGGGACAACGCAACAUAGCCAUGGGUUAGGACUUGAUUGCCGUUUAGAUUCACAGCCUCAAUAUCAAAUGGAGAUGGGAAGUCAACCACCUGCCAUGGUUGCAGAUUCGUCCAGUACCAUCAUUGGUCAUGUUGGAUCUCCAGUCUCUGCGUUUUAUGCGACUGAAAGAUACAUGGGUUUUCCACAGUAUGAUCAAGAAUCCACAACUCCUACUUCAACAUCCCAAAAUCUUGGAAAUUAUGAUCUUCGGAUCGUAUCUUAUAAUCCAUCACCAAUGGAAGGUGGCUUCUAUGUGGAUGUACAUGAACAGUCUGACCCUAACUUUCAACAAAACCAAAGCAUGCAGUUAUCUGGUAUGACACCCAACUAUAUCAUACAUCCAAAUCAUCACAGUGCAUCUGAAAGCUCGAAUGCAAUUCCCCGCAACAUAUUUACAGAAAGAGAUUGUAUUCUGCAGCUCAAAAGACAGUUGUUGGGUGAUCUCGAAACACAAGAAAGGAGACACCCUUCAACUUCCAGCCCCUUUGAUGAACAUCACGAUAGAAUAGAAUAUGAAAACUUGUUUGGUUCUCAACUUUCAAACCUGGGUCAGGCUGCAGGACUUCCAGGGAGGUCUGUUUCACCUGGCACAGUCCUUCCAAGCAAAACACGAAUCCGAUGGACUCAAGAACUCCACGAUCGAUUUGUUGACUGUGUGAAUCACCUGGGCGGUGCAGAUAAGGCAACACCAAAAGCUAUCCUAGUGCUAAUGGAAUCAAAGGGGUUGACUAUCUUUCAUGUGAAAAGUCAUCUGCAGAAAUAUAGGAUGGCAAGGCACAUACCAGGAUCUGCAGAAGGAAAGUCAGAGAAGAAGACAAGAACAAAUGAAAUUCCUCAGAUUGACAUACAAACUGGUAUGCAAAUCAAAGAGGCACUUCAGCUGCAGCUGGAUGUCCAGAGGCGUCUUUACGAGCAGCUUGAGAUUCAGCGGAGUUUACAGGUGAAGAUUGAAGAACAAGGGAAACAACUCAAGUUGAUGAUCGAUCAGCAAAAGGAAACAAACCGGAACUUCCUUGAGAUACGGAAUUCAGACGUCACAUCUCGGGAGAAUCAUUCAACUAGUCUUGAUGAUGACCGAGCUUCAGUUACCGACAAGUCAUCAAAUGCGGUCCUCCUCCAGUCCAAUCCUAGAUAAUUAGUAGGCGCAGACAGCAAUUAACUACUAUCAAGUGUCAUCCAUGAAUGAAGACCGAUGAUGCGACAUCUGAAAGAGAUUAAUACGAAUACAAUCAAGGGACGGAUGAGGAUGAAAAAUACUGUAAAAUUAUAAACCAAAUGAGAUAGGAUCCAUACAUGUCUACAAACAGGAAAAUUUUCUACUCCAUUUCUGAAGGUAGCCAGCCAGCCAGCAUUCAGUGAUUGAUUCAUUGCACUAUCUCGUGGAAUCUAACCAUGUGUUGAAGAACAUUUCUCUUUUUGCUUCAUCUUCUGCAAAUUGGACGACGAUUGAGAAUUUACGUUCGUUCGUGAACUCUAUUCGAUAUAUAUAUACUCACUCAC